ACCAAGGUGAUCGCGGGCGCCUGUGCGGUGUCCUGGAGGGUUCCGCCGUUCCCCCAAGAGGCUGCGGUUGCUACGGUGACCGACUGCGCUAUCUGCGUGUGGGACUCUUUCCGCUGUGAGCCCCGCCCAGACCCCGUCCCCGACGCCCUGGAUUCGUCAGAAGCCGGCGGGUCUCGCGUGGUGCUUGUUGCCAUGGUGAUCGCUGCCCGGGGCCCAGCCUGACCUGGUCACCAAGCUUCUGGAGCCUUCGCAACCUCCGUAGGACAUCCUGGAAGGAUGAGGUCCUCCCUGACGCCUUUGGGGCCACCUGUGAGCCGGGACCGCAUCAUCACCAGCUUCCCUAAGUGGUACACCCCUGAUGCCUGCCUGCAGCUCAAGGAGCACUUUCACGGGCAGGUCAGCAGCACCUGCCAGAGCAGGAACACGGGGACCGUCGGGCUCAGACUCUCCAAGGUGGUUGUCGUUGGCGAUCUCUACGUGGGCAAGACCAGCCUCAUCCACAGGUUUUGCAAGAAUAUUUUUGACCGUGACUACAAGGCCACCAUCGGGGUAGACUUUGAAAUCGAGCGCUUUGAGAUUGCUGGGAUUCCCUAUAGCCUCCAAAUCUGGGACACAGCAGGGCAGGAGAAGUUCAAGUGCAUUGCAUCUGCCUACUACCGGGGUGCCCAGGUGAUCAUCACAGCCUUUGACCUCACUGAUGUGCAGACUCUGGAGCACACCAGGCAGUGGCUGGAGGAUGCGCUAAGGGAGAACGAGCCAGGCUCCUGCUUCGUGUUCCUCGUGGGAACCAAGAAGGACCUUCUGUCAGGGGCUGCAUGUGAGCAGGCAGAAGUGGAGGCUGUGCGCCUGGCCAGCGAGAUGCGGGCAGAGUACUGGUCGGUGUCAGCUAAGACAGGGGAGAAUGUGAAGGCGUUCUUCAGCCGUGUAGCUGCCCUGGCAUUCGAGCAGUCGGUUCUGCAGGACUUGGAGAGGAGGAGCAGUGCCCAGCUCCAGGUCGGCGACGGAGACCUCAUCCGUGCGUACAGACAGCAGGGAAUGGAGGAGAGUCCACCCGAGACCCAAGAGAGCAAGACAUCCUCCAGCCUGGGUUGCUGUUAGCUGGGGCCUGCAUCCGAAGCCUCUACUCCCUGCACAUGCAUGGACAGUGCCUUCCAUGACCGUGGAGGGGUGAUAGGAAGCCAUCCGUGUCUGCCCAUGCACCAUGCUGAGCCCCAGAGCUCAGCCACUUGUCGUUAGCAGGUCAGGAGCCAGGAAAGACCUGCUCUGGCUGCCCAGGAGCCUCUCACUGCCCAGCUGUGGGUAUACUGUGGUGAUCAUCUGGAAGGCCAGUCCCUCCUAUAGAUUCACCUGGCCUUGAGAGGCCUCAGGACUACAGAUAUGAGACACUUGUGCCCCACUAUCUCUUACCCUCGGCACACAUCAGCUGCCCAUGUAGGCACUCUCCCAGCUUUCCUGGGUUGGCCUCAGAAUCCUUCUCAUCUAAGUGGUCCAGGCAAGCAGGACUUGUCAAAGUCAGCAUAUGAGGGAAAAUCCACCUGUCAUCCCUGCUUGGGACUUUUCUGUUCUCAACAGGACUUGAAGUUCUGGGCCUCGGAGCCCCAGGCUUCAUCGUCCACUGUCCCUCUGCCACAGACUUAUGGGAUCCCUCAGCAGCCUUGCCCCUCUGGAGGAGGAUGGACAAGAUGGUCUCUCAGGCCCCUUUUGGCCAAGGGGUCAUCUUUGGCUCGCCUUUGAUCCCUGGGAUCCUGUCCUAUUGGUCAGUGGGUGACAAUGUGCAGAAUAGGCUAUUCGUGCCCCUCUGGCCCACCUGGACAAUGAGUUUCCCUAGCUGUGCUAUGGGAAGAAGGCUUCCCAGCUGCCUCUGAGGUAAAUUCCUACUACAUCCAAUGUGCAUGGCACUGCCCUGCUGUUACCAGCAAUGGUCACCCAGACACAUCUGAGCUGGUGUCCACGGUUGCCCUGCCAUCCCUCUCUCCCUCCGGCCUACACAGGAAGGGUCUGGAAAACAAGAAAAUGCUGGGUGUGUGCCUCUCAGGACCUUUGUGGUGGCAUGCACGUAUCUUUCGAGGAUAUCAGAGGCCCUCCAGAGUCUAGCAAGCUCCUCACCUACACCACCCUGUCCUGCACAUCCAGAACCAGAAGGAACAACCCAGGCACCCCUUCCCCAGCUCCUUCCCAGAGUGCCCGCUCUCUCUAUACCCUCAUCUUACUCUUCUGUGGGAGCUAUUGACUACCCCCACCCACCCCACACUCCGCGGCCCUGGGUGGGUGCCUGCUCAUCCCUGCCCACCCCAUGCCACAAGCAGGUGGGCACAUCUGGGCACUUCCCACCUGCUUCUCAGGUGAGCAUUUUGCAAACAGCUGUUCUGGUCAGUGCCCCGAACAGUACCCCAUACAGUGCCUGGCACACUGCAAGUGCCCAGUGGCGUUCAUCGGCUGAUAGCGACUGCCAAAUGCUGGUUGGGGAAGAACCUGGCAUCUUUUUUUCUGUUCAUUCUCCCUUCACAUUUUAGCUGUCUUUUUUUUUAUAGCUAUAAAAUACUUCUUUAUAUAAAUCACACAAAGGAAUUACAUACACACUUGUGAUAAGCCAAAACAAGACACUACAAAGCUUUGUAUAUAGACUGAAAGUCCCUCUCCUGUCCCUGGAAGUAAGCAUUGUUAAUGGCUGUGGGAAUCCUCCCAGACUAUUCCUGGGCAGCACAACCAUGGUUGUGGGGUUGUUUGUUUAACCAGAAUGAGCUUCCACCACACAUGCUGCCUGGCAGCCUGCAUUCUUGUCAACCUGCAGGAGCCCUCUCCACACACCGAACCUACUUGUUCUUUAGCAGCUGCCGUUUUCCUUCCCGUGAUGGACCAGAGUCCCAAGUGCCCUGCCCCCUGAGGGAGACAUUUGGUUUGUGUCCAUGUUUUAGCUUUUACCGAAGGUGCUUCAGUGACCAUCUUAUAGAUGUAGCUUCGCACGCUCAGGAUUCCCAAAGAGGACUUGCUGGCCCUUCUGUGGCGUGGAUCCCCAGCUUGGUCCACUAGACACAAUCUUGGGGGGCAGGCAGGUCACAUUAGGACCAGGGCUGUGGCACACAACAGAAAGUGUCACGGGACGGAGGAGCCCGGUCACAGCGGGCUGGCGCUCUCCAAUGGCUCCCUCCCCUCACUCCUUCAGGCCCCAGGGUUGGAGGGGGCGGCAACAAUAAUGGUGUCCUGUUGCUAGCUCCUGAGCUAGAACCAACCACAGUAUGUUGUGUGUGCCCACUCUCUGUAAGUGGCCCUUUAUUAAACUUUCCCCAUGCUG